AUGUUGCUGGAGGAAGCAGGUGCCGAUGCGAAUGCCUCGAAUAGCAACGGAUGGACCCCUUUGUUAGCAGUUUACGCCAAUGCUGUCAAGUACAAAACUGCCACCGACUGGGCCCACUUGUUGCUGAGCAAUAAGGCAAACCCAGAUGCAUGCGUGAAUGGGAAUAAGCAGAUCAGCCCUUUUGUGUUGGCAUUGUACAACUGUCGUCCAUUCAAUGAGGAAUCAAUCAAGCUAGUUGAGAUCCUCCUUAAACACGGUGUGGAUCCAAACACAGAGAUACAUGGUACCGGCAUCUCGCCUCUGAUGUUGGCAGCUUCAUCCAACAACGUCCCUUUGGCGAAGCUGUUGCUCUCCCACGGCGCAGAUCCGGAUUGGCAAAAGAACACAGGUGCCGAAACAGCAUUGCUCUGUGCCAUUGGCAACAACAACAUGGGAAUAGCGCAAUUGCUGCUUGAGAACGGAGCAAAUCCGAAUCUUCAGUACCACAAAGACAAGAAGACUCUGCUUCGAAUGGCUGUUGAAGGAGGAGAUGUUCCGGCUAUCAAAAUGCUGAUGGGCUUUCACGCUGAGGUCUCACCAGGUAUUGAGAUCCCCAAGGCUACAACGACAGAUGGGCAGCUGAAACUUGACUUCGGCCCUGCAAACCCAAGGCCUAGAGAACCCACGACAAUCUCCUCACAGCCCAGACAUGAGGACACUCGAUCUUCAUCUCCACGAGUAGAAGCAUCCAACCUCAGGCACAGCGAUGACGACGACGAUCUGUUGACGCAGUUCCGAGAAGCCGUUUCGGAUCCUUCCUUGGAUGUUGCCACUGCCAGCUACUUCUUGGAACUGAGCGACAGAGACGUUCAGGCUGCUGCUGUCAAGUACAAGGAAGCGAGCCAAGACAUGUAA